CGCCGGAGCUCCACCACCGCCUGUAACUAGACUGUGUUACUGUGUUGUUGUUGUUGUUGUUGUUGUUGUUGUUGUUGUUGUUGUUGUCGUCGUCAGCCGGUAAACAUGGCUCAGGUCAACGCCUGCAUCAAGCGGCUCCUCACCAUCUUCAACAUCUUCUUCGCGAUUGUUGGCGGCGUCAUCAUCGCGCUGGCUCUGCUGUCUCAGGUCCUCACCAACGUCAAUGGAGGAGAUCUGGAGGGUCGGACCACCGGCCUCAUCCUCCUCUACGUGGUCGGCGCCGUCACCUUGGUGAUCGCCAUCCUGGGAGCCUACGGCGCCCACAAGGAGAGCAAAGUCUGCCUGAUUGUGUUCCUGGUGUGUAUGGUUGUGGGCAGUCUGCUGAUGCUCCGUGCUGGGAUCACCACUGCUAUCGCCCGGCCCCGGGUGGAGCCUCUGCUGGAGGAGAAGUUCCGUGAGCUUCUUCCUCUGGACAAAGCUUCAGCUGACGUCAGGGACAUGACGGAGUCGCUGCAGAGACAGCUGCAGUGCUGUGGUCUGUUCAGCUACCAGGACUGGGAGGACCAGAUCCCCGACUCCUGUCUGUGUGACGAAGAGGAGGAGGAGGAAGGACUCUGCACCUCCAUCGGAUACAGGGUCAUUAUCUUUCCUUCAGGGUCUGUCUACAGCAAGCCGUGUUUCUCCAUCCUGAUGCGUUACGUCCUGAUGAUCUUUGACGUGAUGAUCGGAGUCGUCUUCACGCUGGCGGCUCUCGCGCUGAUUGGUCUAGCUCUCUCCUCGGUUGCCGUCCACCAGCUGCGUUACCGUGACAACAGACCGUCUGUGCUGCUGUCCGUCCCCGCCGUCUUCACCAUGCCGCCGCCAAAAUACCAGGAGCUGCACAACCCGCCCGCCUACUAGGAGCCCCGCCUCCUCACCAAGCCCCGCCUCCUCCUCCUCCUCAAGCCCCGCCUCCUCCUGCUCCUCCUCCUCCUGCUGCUCCUCCUCCUCCAGGAGGAGCUCUCCUCCACUGGGUUCCUGUUGUUGUUGUUUUUCUAACAGAUUUUCUUUCAGUGAUCUUUUCGUCCGUCAGCUGAGAGAACGAAGUCACAAUCUGCUGAUCAAUAACCAGAGAGGAAACUCUUUGAUUUUACUGCUUUUCUGAUCAUCACAAGAUUAUUAUAAUAAUAAUAAUAAGCAAAAAAAAGAUCUUUUUUUGCUUCUGAUUUAUUUUAAACAUAUUUGAAGUGUUUAAUCUUUGAAUCCUUAAAGACUUUUUUAUUCUAAGGAUUUUUGUCUUAAAUCAUCUGGAUGAACUCAAGAUGUAAAAACUCAUUCAAAUCAUCUCCAGAAUAAUAAAACAUGGAAACUAUCUCUAAAUUCUGACUUUUUUCUAAGAACUUUGACUCCAUAAAUGCAUAAAUAUUAAAAUGAAAACAAUUCAAGAGUUUAAUCUGUAAUUAUGACUUUCUUUCCUCUAAAACUCCUGUGAAUUAAUUUUAGUGAAGAACAUUAUAAUGCAUCUCUCAGUUAUUAGAAAUGAGUUCUAACUAAGAAAACAAAGAACAUUUUGAGGAGUUUAAUCUCUAAAUUGUGACUUUUUUAAAAGGUUUUAAAUAAAAGCCGUCGAGAUCAUGUUGAAAGUCAGAAUUUGUAGAAGUAAAUCUAUUUUAAAAUUUCUAAAAAUCCUCAAGUUUAGCUCAAGUUUGCUUCAAUUCUUUUGUGAAAAAAGAUUUGAUCAAGUAAAACAUGUUAUUAGAGAAAAAAAAACACUUUUAAGAGUUAAAAUCUCUAAAUUGAGACUUUUUUAAAGGAUUUUGGCUCCAUAAAUGAUAAUAAAUAAAUCCUCCAGAUCAGUUAAAAAGUGUGAAAACAAACUUCUCUCCACUAUUAAAAAUACAUUUUGGGGAGUUUAUUAUAAUAAUAAUAAUAAUUAAGGAUCAAAUGAAGCAGAUGAAUGUUUCCAUGUUGAAAGUCAGAAUUUGUAGAAUUAAAUCUAAGUUUAGCUCACGUUUGCAUCAAUUCUUUUGUGAAAAAAGAUUUGAUCAAAAGAGUUUAAAGAGUUAAAUCUCUAAUUUCAGACUUUUCUUAGCAGAAAUAUUUUUUGGUGAGAUUAAUUUCUCGUUUCUGUGCAAAAAUUAAAAAAAAUCAUCUCAAAUUUCAUGCAGUUUGGAAGCUCAACAAGAUGAUUUAGAGGCAAAACUUCAUAGAAAAAAAAAAUCUGAAUUUAAAGGAUUUUGUUUUCUUUUUUUGAGAAUUGGACUUAAAUCAGACAAAAAUGCUUUUUUUGUGAUUAUAGAAAAACAGAAAAAUGUUUACAAUCUUCCUCUCUGGUUGAUUUUUUCAUUUAAAACAAACUUUUUUAGUUUUUUGGCUCCUUUGCACUAAUAAUAAUAAUAAUAAUCAGCUCACAAGAUGCAAAAAAAACCACCAUAAAACCUUCUGAUGCAGAAAAUAAAAACCUUUAAGUGCCACAAAGCGUUUCGGCUGAUUUUAACUUUAAUUUGUUAAUUUAUUUUCUCCCUGAACGACUGAUCGCUCCUCACUUCUUUAUUUUUUUACAUAUUAAAUAUUAUAUAUAAAUGUC